AUGAAGAUCUUAACUAACUUAAAGAAAAUCUGGUCUCGAUAUAGACUUGGUAGUUAAGAAGAUGCUCAUGAAUUUCUUCUUCUCUUUAUGGAAAGUUUUAUUAACGGUUGCUUUAACGGUGCAAAACCUGACAGGACUAUGGUUUAUAAAAACUAGUUUUAGACUCCAAUUUUAAAAAUAUUUGGUGGUAAGAGUAGGAGUUAGGUACAUUGCCAAGGUUGUGGAUACAAGUCUAAUACCUUUGAAGACUUGAUUACUCUUAGUUUAGAUUUCCCAAGAUAAUAAAAUCAAAGAAGCUACUAUGGAGGAGGAGGUAAUGGAGGUGGACCCAUUAAUUUUGAAUAAUGCUUGAACGAAUUUUGCAAGAGUGAAAAUCUCACUGGAAGAAAUCAAUACUCUUGCAGUAGCUGCAAAAAGAAGUGUGAUGCAAAAAAGAGAUUUUCAAUAGAAGUCAGUCCAAGAAUCCUUAUAGUUCAUUUUAAGAGAUUUACAAAUACUGGCUAAAAAAUAUAAACCAAGGUGAACUAUCCAAGCACGUUCUCACUAAAUUAAUUCAUGAGUAAUAAUGUUGAUAGAAUUGUUGACAGAGGAAUGAAUAAUCCUAACAAUCAAAAUUAAUAGCCUCAAAACUAAGGAGCAGAGGUCUAUGAUCUUUUUGGAGUUGUAGUCCACAUAGGAACUUCAAGAGGAGGUCAUUACUAUAGCUAUUGCAAGGGAUCUUCAGACAAAUGGAGAGAAUUAAACGACGAUUAAGUAUCUACUAGUAAUGAAUAGGAAGCUUUGCGAUAGAAUAAUGCCUACAUCCUAUUCUAUCAAAAGAGAAUCAACACAAAUUCAAUUAAAGAUAUGAAAAAGCAUUUGAUGGAUUCAGCUAUGCUAAGUCAUUCAACCUCAGCAACUUCAAGUAACUCGAGUGAAAAAGAUUCUAAUCAUCACUCAGAAGACAAUAAAAACGAUGUUUUAGAGAUGAAGAGAUACUCCUCGAUAAUGCCUAACAAAAAAGUAGAAGUAAAGAUAGACGAUAAAACUAAUAAUGCCAAAAAUACUGAAAAAAAGAAAUAAGAUUAGAUCAAAUAGUAGCCAAAAGAAAAUUAAAAAUGUGAAGUAAAAAAGGCUGAAUUGAAAUAAGUGUUUAAAGAAGAGAGCAAAUUGCCAGAAAUCAUGUAAUAUGCUCCUUAAAGCCAUAUUAUUAAAGCGGCUUAAACAAUAGCUAAAGUUGAGCCAAAAGUCAAAAUAACUUAACCACAGGAAAGAUACCCAUAGCCAUAAGAAGAAAAGCUGAAUGACAGUAUUUAUCUAAAAACUCUACUGGGGUAAACGAUGAAAGCUCAUAACAAAGAGCAAUAAAGCAAGAAUUUAAAUGAGAGCCUAAACACUAGCUUCAACAGCAAAAAAGAAGAAAUUAAGAAAAUAUUGAAAGAUUCAUAAACUUCAGCUAGAAAGUAAUCUACUUAAAUUUCUGAAAACAAAAAGGAGUUGUUCCAGAAACCUGAAGGACACUCACAAAUCAAAGUAGAGAAUAAAGUUAUCUCAGAAAUUUCUAUAAAGCCCAACAUAUCUCCAUCAGAAUUUUCCAACAAGCUUAAUCUUGGUAGCAGUUUUAGUGAUGAAAAGAUGCUAUAAUCUCUUGAGCAACCAUAAUUAAUCAAGUCUAGCUCUAAAUCAGGAUCAUUUACAGUUGGAUUACGUAAAGCUCUACACCCUAUUGUUAUCAACAAUGCAACUAAGAAGAGGAAAUUCUCAGCUACUUAGUUUUUAUUCCCCUCUACUGUCAUGAGAAACAAUAAAAGAUUUAAAUUCAAUGAUGAUGCCAUCGCCUAGAAAUAGUGA